AUGAAGAGCUUCACCACCCUCGUUCUCGCGGCCACCGCCAUCUCCGCCGCCGCCGUCAGCAAGCCCCUUGUGCAGCGUAACACCGGCUCCGACCUCAACAUCAAGAUCGGCAACAAGAUUGUCAACUCUGCCGCCUACGAGAAGUUCCUCAACACCGAGGUCCUGGCCCCCAAGCAGCUCCAGACCCGCCAGGACGGCGAGCCCGACCCCAACCGCAACGAGACCAACCCCGAGACCAUCUUUGGUUUCCGUGGUGACUGCCUCGUCUUCGGCACCAGCCCCGGCGACUAUAAUAAGUACUUGGUCUAUAGGGUCUCCUACUUCAACUUCCAGGCCGCCAACUCCACCGCGAUCAGCGACCGCUUCAACGACCAGGUCUCUUCCCUCUCCACCAACACUGGUGGCAAGUGCCAGUUCUACAAGUACAAGGGCUGCAACAACAAGGGCGAUGACCGUGGCCUGACCUCUUCUUACAACUACAACCUGGCCGUCGCUCUCCCCGACGACCCCCGCACCGUCGAGUACGAGAACCAGAUCACCUCCUGGAGAUGCUAA